AUGUGGGCAGAUAAUUUCAACAUAAACUGGUAUGCAAUCUCUACUAUAUGGGUGAUCAUGAUCUUAAAUUUAUCAAUUUUUUCUUCAUUUUCCUUAGCCAUAAAUAAUAUUACACACAUUAGUGAUAAUAAUCCUACUUAUUUAGAUGAUUAUCUUUAUAAUUACUCCACAAAAUCAUUACCCAAAAAGCCUCACACAGGUGUUCUGUACAAUAUUUCUCUUCCUGCUAAUUUUUCUGAUAUGAAAGUUUCAGUUUUAAGGUUAAGGAGAAGUGCUUUAUGGAGUAAAGGUGUAAAUUCAAGUAAUUUUGAUAUACCACCAAAAAUAACCACUAUACCUUAUGUGAAAAGAUUGGAAAUCAUGUAUGAAAACUUGGGGAAUUUAUCAUCUCAUUACUACGAAUUACCUGGUUAUACAUUUCUUACAAAAGUCAUUGGACUCGCGGUGUAUAAUGCAUCGGAUUCUAGUGAAGGAACGAGCUCGAAAAGGCUUAAUAUCACCUUAUUAGUAGGGGAGUCAAUUAAGGUGAAGUUUUCUCAAGGGGAAGUUUUAUUACAAGGGAGAAAUAGUAGUGAUGUAAAAAAUAAGCUUAAAAAGUGCGUUAGAUUUGAUCCAUUGAGUGGUUUAGUUGAGUUGCGAGAUAUGUUAAGGCCUAAUGUUUGCUUGUCACAAGGUGUAGGGCAUUUUGCUAUAGCAAUGCCUAAAGUUAAUGACUCGAUAUCACCUUCACCUCUAUCUCCGCCUUUACCUAGACUUUCGCCAUUGUUCCCAACCUCUCUAGGCCACAAAAGAAGAGAAAGGAAGAAAAUCAUCGCGUUGUGGGUGUGGUGGGUGGUUGGAUUCGCGGGUGGUCUAGUUGGUUUGAUGUUGUUAGCUUCGUGUUUAGUACUUGGUUACAAAACAUAUUGUUCGCGAAAGAUUCAAAGUAUGGAAAGAACAUCGGAGAAGAGUGAGUCUCUUAAUACAAAAUGGAUUGGCAAUAGUAAGUUUCCUUUGGCUCCGGUGUCUAGAACUCAAGCAGUCCUUGAAAAUGACUUUGCUCCUUGA